UUGACACGCCUACUGGCUGUUCACUAAACAACAGAAAACGAGAGGAAGACUGUAACUACCCCUUUUGAGUAAGACCUUCGGGAGUGGCAGCUGCACCAUUGCUCCGCACUGUCCGUUUUCAUCGUGGUGAAGGGAUCAGUAAUGUGGCCUAACCAAGGUCCUCCGACGGGCUAUCCCACAGCUCCACCAGCACCCAACCCUGCCUUUCCUCCAGGCCCAAACCCUGCUUUCCCCCCAGGCCCAAAUCCCGCCUUUCCACCUGGCCCAAACCCUGCUUUCCCCCCAGGCCCAAGCCCGGCCUUUCCCCCUGCCCAUAAUCCUGUUUAUCCCCCUGGUAUGACCCCUCCCAUCCCCCCUGGUGGAAUGGCCUACCCAGGUCCUGGGCAACACCCCUAUCCGGCUGGCCCCGGUUACCCUGGAGGCAACAUUGCUUUUAUCCCACCUAAGGGUGGUCAUCCAGGCCCAUAUCCUAUGCCAGGGGGCUGUCACCCUGUCGCAGGUGGCCUUGCUGGUGGGAUGGCUGGUGCAGGGAUGGCUCUUGCAGGACACAAAAUGAACAAGAAGAUGAAGAAGAAGAUGAAGAAGGCGCACAAACACCACAAGCAUGGGAAACACGGCAAGCAUUCCUCCAGCAGCAGCAGCAGCAGUAGCAGCAGUGACUCUGACUAAUGCUGACAUCACGGCAGGCGCCGGCCAGCUGACCUUAUCAGUGAUUGGUUGUGAAGAGCCUAUGCAUUGUAUUAAAACAAGAUAAGAUGACUUUGAAGUGAUUGGCAGAUGUUGAGUAACCCUUUCAGAAAAGGAGGCUAAGGAAAAGACAUAAUAUUGACAAUUUUGUCACGUGAACUGGCAUGAUCACAUUAUAUGCUGCUUUCUUAUUCGUGGACCUCUUGUUUCCAAUUGACUGUAAAAAGGGCAUCAUUUAGUGUAGAAAUAGCAACAUUUGCUAUACAUAUACAUAAAUAUGCAUAUACAAUAUAUACAGUUUUGCUGUAAUGGGAAUUGCAGGUGGUAUUGUCUAAGACAAGUGACAAUUAUGAAAGUGCACUGUGUUGUCCUUAGUGUCAACAAGAGCAUGUAUUGCAGUAUACAUUUUUAGCUGGGAAAUAACAUUAAAUUUGGUAUGCCACCCUGGUCAAAUUGUAAAAUUCUGCUCACAUUUUUUUUUU